AUUGCGGUUAACGCAGGAAUUCCCAGUCGAGCAAUGCAGAUAUAGUCUCGAGUCCAACUCAACGGUACGAGAGAGGCCAUGGAUCUCGAUGAACUUAGGAGCAAGUACAGGCGAGAAUUUGUCGCCGCCGAUUAUCCAGGCUUGGUUAGUGCUCACAGCUUCCUGAGACACUUCCACCAGAGAGAACUUCACUCGAUAUUUAAAUCCCUGCCGGACAGGAAGCGAAGCCUUCUGGACGUUGGUUGCGGGCCCACAACCUACAACGUGUUCCCAGCCACGAAGCGCGUGCAGGACGUCGUGCUCAGCGAUUACGUGCUCGGGAACAUUGUGGAGGUGGAGAAAUGGCUGAAGAAUGCUCCCGACGCUCUCGACUGGUCCUGCUAUAGCGAGUCUCUGGCGAGGCUCGAAGGAUUCAGUAACGUCAAGCGAGGAGCGGAGGAGAUAACGACGAGAACGAGGAAUGCCGUGAGGAAGGUGAUCCCCUGCGAUGUCCUGGAUCCCAGAGUCCUUCCAGAAGAGCACUUGGAGAAGUUCGACGUGGUCCUCUCCUGCUUGUGUCUAGAGAGCGCUUGCCCGGACGAAGACACCUUCCGCAAGGCGGCGCAGAACGUCGGCAGUCUCGUUGGCGAUGACGGCCUUUUGAUUCUGUGUGGCGUCCUCGGCUGCCGCGAGUACACUGUGGGUGGAGUCACCUUUCCCUGCCUCUAUCUGACGCCGGACAUGGUGAAGGAUGCUCUAGUGCGAGCGGGUUUCCAAGUCAAGCUGUGGCGUUGCCUGGAAGAGUCUGUACGCUCAUCAGCGAUUAUCGAGUCCGCGUUCGUCGUCAUGGCCGAGAAGCUGUGAAGCGAUGCCCAGUGAUUGGUCCUACGGG